AUGCCCGCCCCGCCCCUGGCCACGCCCCUGCUACUGGCCACGCCCACGGCCAUGCCACGCCCCCUGCCCCUUUUCAGGCUCCUCCAGGGCCACCCACUCAGGCCAUCUCAACCCCAUGGCAGCUGCUGCGGGACCGGCCUGCGGCGGGGGAGCGCAGCCCCCGGGAAGGGUCUGCUCCAAGCCCGGCUGCCGGCGCCCGGACAGGUGCGGGAUGCCGGCCUCGGUGCCCAGCGGCCGCUGCAGGGUUCUCAGAACGAGGGUGCCUCUGUUGCGGGACUCCUGAGGGGGAACAAGGAGGUCCAGCGGGUCCUGGCUGGCGGCCUCGUCACCCACCUGGAGCAGACGGGGCCCCUUUCCCGGCGGCCAGGCAGGGAGCAUCGGGUUCAGCUCGCGGGCAGGCAGCCGCCCGUCGAGGUUCGGCUCAGCUCGCCGGCAGCCAGCCUGCCUGUCGGGCGUGUCCCGCACUGCACAGAGCCUGCAGCCCGCGGCCUCACACUGGGCUCUCCGGCCAGCGGCCCCCGAGGUGUUCCUGCGGGCGGGCCCACAGGGAAGGCCGAGGUCGUCCACGACCACACUGGCUUGCUGUCGCGGCUCUCCACGAAGGCGCGGAUCCCGGAGCUGGACCGCUGGACCCAGAACGGAGAGCCCCGCAGGGUCCACAGGCUCCCGCUUUCUUGUCCUCCCACCCAGGUCCUGGUGCCCGAUGACGGCCGGCCGGCCACACCCCCGAGUGACCUCAUCGAGAUCCAGGUGGUGAAGGUGGCCGACGCCACACUCGCCCCCGAGCCCCCCGAGCCGGGCUCGCUGCACUGUGCCUUGUGUCCAGCCGCCUUCCGGCUGGUCUCGGACCUCCUGUUCCACGAACACGGCCACCUGGCCCGCGCCGAGGGAGGCGGGCGGGGCGGGGACCCACGCCGGUGUCACGUGUGUGGCCACAGCUGCCCGGGCCCCGCCAGCCUCCGCGCGCACUACAGCCUGCACACGGGGGAGCGGCCUUACCGCUGCCCGCUGUGCCCGCGGGCCUUCAGGGCCCUGGCGCCUCUGCUGCGGCACCAGCGCCGGCACGGGCCGUUCCGCCGCUCGUCCGACAUGCGCGACCACGAGCGCGUGCACACGGGCGAGCGGCCCUACCACUGCGGCGUGUGCGGCAAGGGCUUCACCCAGUCCUCGGUGCUGAGCGGCCACGCGCGCAUCCACACGGGCGAGCGCCCCUUCCGCUGCGCGCUCUGCGCCCGCACCUUCAACAACUCCUCCAACUUCCGCAAGCACCAGCGCACCCACUUCCACGGGCCGGGGCCGGGCCUGGGCGCGGCGACGGCCGAGGGGUCCGGCGCGGGGCACUCUCUGCAAGAGGGGCGCGGGGGCGCGGACCAGUAGACUGGGGGGGCGGAGCUGGGGCGGCAGGCCGCUGGGGGUGGGGUGGGCGCGGGCAGGAGAGGGGAGGGUGCGGACGGAGUCGCGCAAAGGGCCAGGCUGCUUCACAGACCCGCACGCGGACUCAGGAGAGGCGCCGGCCAGCACUGCGGAUGCCCAGCCAACGCGCCUCCUUGUGCGAGAUGGGGGUGCGGGGAGGCUGAGCCAGGGCAGUCAGGGCCCCGAGUCCACCGGCAGAAGGCGGGGCGCACGGGGCUGGAGCCGUGCCUACCUCACUGGCUUGCACUGGACCUGGGGCGACCCUCCCCCCAGGCAGAAGCGGCUUGCGGGUGCCCGGUCAGGACCAGCCGGCACCCCUGGCAGCAGAGGGCGCUCGCAGCCACCUCGCCGCCACAGCGCAGAGACGCCUCAUCGCGGGAUCCUCUCCAAGCACAGCUCCUGCCCCCAAGGCGAACCUCCGAGAGCACCCAGACUCCCCAAGGGGCACUUGGACACGCGACCGCCCUGGCCCGGUCUGCCCAGGAUCCUCCCCCACGCCCAGUGUGGCUGCUCCUGUCCCCAGGGGCUGGGCGGGCACCGUGGAGCCCACCUGCGGCUCAGUGAGAGCCGGGUGACUGUUGGGGUGAGGACUGGGGGCGCCUCCGGCAUGCCAUUAAAGCACCUCCUGAAGGGCUCUCUGUCGCCUUGCAUUGGGGUGUCUGCGGGCAGGGCCACAGUGCCCUGACUGCCCGCCCCAGGGGCGGCCCCUGUCCAGGGGGGCAGGGUGCGUGUCGGUAUGCCAACUGGGGAGUCGCACCUGG